AUGGCAACCAGCAGCUCCGAUGAAGUUCCUCCCGCUGCAAGGAAGCUGGUGGGCAAGGUGGCGCUGAUCACUGGCGGGGCGAGCGGCAUCGGGGAGUGCACGGCGCGGCUCUUCGUGAAGCACGGCGCGCGCGUCGUGGUGGCGGACAUCCAGGACGAGCCGGGCGCCGCUCUCUGCGCUGAGCUGGGCGCCGACGCCGCCAACUACGUGCACUGCGACGUCACCGUCGAGGGCGACGUCGCGGCGGCCGUGGACCACGCCGUGGCCCGCUUCGGCGCGCUGGACAUCAUGUUCAACAACGCGGGAAUCGGCGGCGCGGCGUGCCACAGCAUCCGGGAAAGCACCAAGGAGGACUUCGAGCGCGUGCUGUCCGUCAACCUCGUGGGACCGUUCCUGGGCACCAAGCACGCGGCGCGGGUCAUGGUGCCCGCGGGCCGCGGCGGCUGCAUCAUCGGCACGUCCAGCCUGGCGUCCGCGGUGGCCGGCGCCGCGUCGCACGCGUACACGUGCGCCAAGCGCGGGCUCGUGGCGCUCACGGAGAACGCCGCGGCGGAGCUGGGCCGCCACGGGAUCCGGGUCAACUGCGUCUCGCCCGCCGCGACCGCCACCCCGCUCGCAACGGAGUACGUGGGACUGGAGGGGGAGGCGUUCGAGCAGGCCAUGGAGGCCGUCGCCAACCUCAAGGGCGUGCGCCUGCGGGUGCCGGACAUCGCCGCCGCCGUGCUCUACCUCGCCAGCGACGACGCGCGCUACAUCAGCGGGCACAACCUGCUCCUCGACGGGGGCUUCUCCAUCGUCAACCCGUCCUUUGGGAUCUUCAAAGAUUGA